CAGGACCAAAACAAACCAAUCUCACAAGUGAAAUUUCGCAUAAAAUGACCCGAUAAUCGCGAAGAAAUAUGUAAAUUACCACUUUGACACACAAAUAUGUUGCAGAUCUUCAAAAAGUCACAUCGUCGUUCAUCGUCAUCCGUAUCAGCAGAGGACAAUGUUUCGCUAAAUUCAUCACAUAAACAGGAGAAUUUCAGUCUGGAAGAUGCGGAAAAAUUCUAUUUUGAUGCAAAAGACAAAGCGACAGAAACGCCUGAAUCUCGUCCCAAACUCUCGAAAUACCUGUCGGAUAUCCUGAACGAACGUGGUUGCCUGUGUUACUUUGUCCAAUAUCUCGAAGCCAAAAACGCUCUUCCGCUGAUAAAGUUCUGGAUCGAUGCCGAAAGUUAUCGUUCAGCUGCUGAACUGCUUUGCGGGCGAAAUGGCGUCUUGAGUAACAGCAAAAGUCUCGCUUUUGACACAAAUACGAGGGAUGAGGGUCCCGAAACUGCGCGGGAAUUGAAACGAAGUGUCUCUUCUGAGGGUUACGACAGUUUAUCCUUCAAAAGUCAGUCAAACGAAUCAAUUGAUCGUCUUUCGGCAGGUGCUUUAUCCGAAACAAAGCCCGAAGACGACCCCAAAUCCAACAAAUUACAAUCCUCAUUGGUAGCUGAUGCAAUACGAAUUUACCGAAAAUACCUUGUUUCCUCCUCGAUGUACUUUGUGGAUGUGCCUGCGACGUGUCAGUCAACAAUUUCGCUCGCUUUGUGCAAUAACGCCGCAAUUACGGCAACUUUGUUCGUCGAAGCGCAAAAAUACGCCUUUGACAUGCUGGAACGCGACCAUCUCGAAGCGUUUCUCGAAAGUGCGUAUUACUGCAAAUAUUCCGUGGAAGUGUUGACAGACGAGAGUUUACGACUUACGGAUUUGCUGUACAACGAGUCGAUCCUUUUCUACUUUAUGGAGUUCUUGGAGCAGGAUCGGGCCCAACAGUACCUUGAAUUUUGGAUGACGGCUGUGAAUUUCAAACAAAACCUCAUCGCGAACGAGUACAACAAGUCGCAGGCGCAAUCCGACGCCCUCAUUUUGUACGAAAAAUAUUUUUCGCUGCAAGCAACGCAACCUUUGCACUUCUCGGAUGCCGUCCGGAGCACCGUUGAAGGCGAAAUUUGCAAAGAUACCGAAGAUCCGAUUGUGAAUUGUUUCGAUAUCCCGCUAAAAAUUGUCGAAAUCUACCUGGAACAGAAUUAUUUCAAGCCUUUUAUGCAGUCCAACUUGUUCCAAAAGUACCUCACGGAACGAUAUUCGCGAAUGCAUGUCGAAGAAAAAACCGUAGCAACGCCAAUUUCGCAAAAAAUCGCCGGAAAAACGCACAAACGGAACAAUUCCGAACCAUUUAUCGCGAAAACAAACACUUUGCUGGCAUCGAUGGACAUCACAAAGCCCGCCAAUAACAUGCAAAUCGAUUCGCAGCAGUUAACGGACCCCGAUAUGCUGUGGCGUCGCAAUUUCCUACCCAACAGCACUCCUACACAAAAUGGGCUCAGUUUCGGUCGUGUUAACGCCUUCGGAAGGUAUCAACGCGAAUUUGAACUGAAUCCGGGACAACAAGACAUUCAUAACACGUCGCUGACGAACGCCUCGAAUCGCCUUAAAAAAGUCGUGCGAAAACUCGUGAAUUUGCCGGAAGACAAGGCGCAGGAAGAAAUCGCGUGGCAAGUUGCGGAAAUGAUUGUCAGAGACGUCACGAGUAUCACGAUGCAAUUAAAUCACGAAAAUCUGCACGAGGAAGACGCGAAAGAGGAGAAUCUCACACAAAACACGUGAUUAAUGUUGAAGCUCUUCUAUUCGAUAUUUUUACCUUAGACAAGAAUCUCUAAACUUGUGCUCUAAAUCAAAUUUUAGUACUUUCCAAAUUUUAUCCACGUUAUUCCAAUGGAAUGAUAAAAAUUUAGACCUUAGAAAUAGUAGAGAAGGCUCUUUUGAGUCAAUGACAUUAUUUUUUAUUUAGUCAAAAUAGUGUUAAAAAACUUUCAUCAGCGAGAGGAAUUUUCAAGUAUUCAAUACCAGACUGGAGUAUUUUUCCAUAAAAAGAA